GAGAAACCACAUGGAAAGCACGGAGGGGCACGGGGAGGAGCAGCCAGCCUAGACUAUAGAGCGAGAAGCAGAGUGCCCUGGAAGCCUCCGCCGCCCCCAUUCCCCCCUUUCUCCCCUCCCGACCCCUCUAAUCCCGUCGCGCGAGGAGAGGAGGGGCACCGCCUGAGCAUCCCCGCCCGGCCGCCGGAUCGACCGCGAGAGACAACGAGCUGCCAUCUUGGGUGCUUGGGAAGAAGACUGCCAUGGACAACUGCACCGACCAUAACAUCGCGCAGAGGAGCAUUGGAUUCUUCAGGGUCCCCGGCCUCUUCGUUACGCUGAGCAGCAAAGGACUGAAUGCGGUGGACCCUGAUUCAGUCUGGAGCCCAACCUCUCCUCUGGACUUCAAGAACCUGUCAUCAAACACCGUGGGCACCAAUCUCAAACCCACUGGGUUGCUAGGCAUCGAUGCUGAUCUCCUGAAGCUCAGAACUGGCUCCCCGAGAGUCGGUCUUGGCCUCGUCGACGCCCUCACCGCCGACGAGAGCUCGUUGCACUUUGAAGGCAAGAACUUGUUUCUCGAGUCCAUCAGGCCAUUUCUUGAGCUUGGGCUGCCAAAGGUGGCUGCCGAUGCACCAUCCUGUCAGAAGACCGACUCGGUUGGCCCUGGAGACUUUGUUCAUUGUGAUUGUGAAGAUGAAGAGUACACCUGCGUGAUCCAGCACGGCGCGAACCCGAGGACGACGCACAUCCUGAGAGGCCAGACGGUGGAGGUGCCCAAGGGCGUCCCUUCCAGGAGGCCUAUUUUCACCAUUGAGCCCAUCGAGGAGCGGUCAUGGCCGUCCAUGCCAGCUGAUGGCGCUGCUUCUGGUUCGUGCUCCUUCUGCAGGAAGAGGCUGCGAGACGACAUGGAUACCUUCAUGUACCUGGGCGAGAAGGCGUUCUGCAGCGACGAGUGCCGGACGUUCUGCGUCGAGGAGGAGAUCGAUGAGGUGAAGCUCGUUAAGCCGGACGAUUCCGGCGGCUCCGCUAAUCUGCAUUGGUGAAGAUUGGCAGUAGUGGUGGCGAGGAGGCGGUUGCCUACAAGCGUUUCUUCUUGUUUUGGUUUGGAACUUGGUAGGACUCAGUAGCGAAGGGAGGGAGACAAACGCUUCUCAUUCUAGCUUUUUUUCUGAAUGGAGGAGAGGUUUUGAUUUAGCCGGUGUCUGCCAUAGCGCAAUGGCUGGACAAUUUUCAUGGGCAUUGGGUAUUCCCUUUUGUGCCUGUUAGAAUGGUGGAAAUACUCAAAUAUCGAUGUGCCAUAAAUAUAUUAAUUAAUCAAUUAUAUUUUAGUCCUGCAA